AUGACUGCUCGCGAUCAAAUUCGAGCAAUGUUGGAUCAAUUAAUGGGAACCGAUAAUGGUUCAACUAAAUCAAGUAUGUCGUUUGAAGAUCGUCGAGUUUGUCGACCAUUUUUAUUAAAUUGUUGUCCACAUGAAAUUCUAUCUGGAACGCGUGUUGAUUUGGGUGAAUGUACAAAAAUUCAUGAAUAUGCUUUACGUGCAGAUUAUGAACGAGCAGCAGCUACACGUGAUUUAUAUUAUGAAAUGGAUGCAUUAGAUAUGUUGAAUAAAUUUGUUGCUGAAUGUGAUCGAAAAACUGAACAUGCUAAACGAAAACUUCAUGAAACACAAGAAGAAUUAGGUGAAGAAGCUGCACGAAAAAUGAAUACAAUUCAUGAACUUGGUGAACAAAUUGGUACAAAAUUAGCUAAAGCUGAAGAAUUAGGUGCACAAGGUUUAGUUGAUGAAUCAAUGAAAUUAUUAGAAGAAGUUGAAGCAUUAAGAAAAGCUAAAUUAGAAGCUGAACAAGAAUUUCGUUCAACAAUGCCAGCAUCAACAUAUCAACAACAAAAAUUACGUGUAUGUGAAGUAUGUUCAGCUUAUUUAGGUAUACAUGAUAAUGAUCGUCGUUUGGCUGAUCAUUUUGGUGGAAAAUUACAUUUGGGUUUUAUACAAAUACGUGAAAAAUUAGCGGAUUUAAAAAAACGUGUCAAUGAUUUAAAUGAAAAACGUGAUCUUGAAAGACAAAAUCGUCGAAAUUCACCAUCACCAUCAUCACGAAAUAAUCGUCGAAAUGAUGAUAGAGAUAGAAAUAAUUAUCGUUCAUCACAUCGUAGUAAUAGUCGAUCAAAAAAAACUUCUAACAAAGAUAAAGAUCGACGACGAUCACGUUCAAAAUCUGAUCGUCGUUCAUCAAAAUAUUCACGUAGUCAUCGUUCACGUUCACGUUCUCAUGGUCGACGACAUAGUAAACGUUCUCGUUCACGUUCUGGUUCAUCACGUCGUCAUCGUCGUUCACGAUCACAUUCUGGAACAUCAUCAUCUAAACGUCAUCAUCGUCAUCAACAUCAUUCAAAAUCACCUGUACACUCAUCAUCAAAUUCAAAAUAUAAUGAAAGCAAUGAUUCUCAACGUAAAAAUAAACCUGAUGAUAAUGUAUCAACUAAUCAUGUUGAUGAUGAUGAAGAAACAACACGUAUUCUUGAAAAUAUUCAAAGAAAGUUCGAUUUUGAAUUUCGUCUUACUUGUUAUUUAAUUAUUUGGUUAAUAUUAAUUUUUAUUACAAUUCUUCUUGCUUGGCAUCGUUAUAAUUGUAGUAUUAUUCAACAAUUGUAUAAAAAAUCUUCAAAUUUUGAAUUUCACGGUCGAUCACGAUCACAUAGUUUAUUGAAGACAUUAAAUACAAAUUCUAUUAGUACCAGCGCCGUUGCUUCUUCAAAAAAACUUGAUUAA